UCAACCGUACCGAAUAAGAACAUAUUGCAAGAAAGACUUUUGUAAGGCUGACACCCUAUACUCGCGGUUAGCCGGAUCAAAUAGCAAGUCCGAAAGAGAAAUAGCUAGUCAAAACGCAUCUUACAAAAUCCUCAGGUGAGAACUGCGUCAGUCAGACGUCAAUUGUACUGAAUGACAGGAACUAUGAAGAUGACGAAAGCAGUCUGGAUUGCGCUUCUUGUGACCGCAGCACACUGUCAGUCUGACCACGUCGAACGCCAAACUAAGCUUGGAAAGCUGAGAGGAAACCGGCUGAAAAUCCUUGGGAAUGUAAUCGAGGAGUACGUUGGAAUUCCGUACGCGGAACCACCGAUUGGACAUUUACGGUUCAAAGAGCCAGUACCUCGAUCACCUUGGAAAGGAACCUACGACGCGACGACUGGAGGCAGCGCUUGUCCCCAGAAGCCCCUAUUUAAGAACACGAAGAAACCACUCAUAUAUACAGAAGACUGCCUACACUUAAAUGUCUGGAUGCCCCAAAACGCCCAGAAAAGCAACGUCCUUGUCUGGAUACAUGGGGGUGGUUUCUUUUGUGGUAGCGCGUCAUACGAUAUCUACACCGGUUCAGUUCUGGCGGCCAAGACAGGAUUUGUAGUUGUGUCCAUGAACUAUCGCUUAGGAAUGCUGGGCUUCCUCAACGCCUAUUCCCCAGACGCCCCUGGUAAUCAAGGACUCUUGGACCAGAAUCUUGCACUGAAGUGGGUACGAGACAACAUCAAAGCCUUUGGAGGAGAUCCUUCCAUGGUCACUAUCUUCGGAGAAAGUGCGGGAAGCAUGAGUGUUCACAGUCAAGUCUUAUCUCCGAUGAGCAAGGGGCUCUUCAAGAGAGCAGUGAUGAUGAGCGGCUCUAUGUACACGAUUGAUUUCUUUGAUAGUGCCCACGAAAGUAUCACCAAGGGAAACAAAGUUGCUCAGCUGGUUGGUUGUGCGAAAGUGAACAGAGAUCUUGCGUCCCACCCCGACGAAGUUCUGCAGUGCUUACGGUCAAAGAAGGCGGACGAAUUGGCCCUGGCCACACCGGAGCUCUCUGACGCGGUUGAAUUAACGUUCCUCCCGACGUACCACGACUCAUUUUUCCCGAAAGACCCAACAUUUGCCGUAGACCGUGGCUUCUUUCAAGAUGUCGAGAUCCUCACGGGAGUUACGACGGACGAAGGAGCUUCGACAAUCCUCUUCUCUCCCACCACAGAACUUUUGAAAGAAUCCCUAGAAAACCUCACACAGGACAAAUUUGACCAUGCGAUUCGCAAGUCGGUGCUAUCCUUGUUGAAAUCUGACGACACCAGUCUCCUUUCGGAGUAUAUGGGCAGGGUACCUCCAGGAGACAAAGAAGGAUUGCGCCGUGCUUACAUAGACUACUUAUCGGACAGAGUAUUCAACUGCCCUGGACAGUUUCUUGCCGAAAAACACUCAGCAAGAGGGAGCCCCGUAUAUUUUUACGUUUACGCUCAUAAAUCGAAGAAGUAUGGACUUCCGUCAUGGAUGGGAGCUCCGCACCACACAGAGGUUGCUUUCUUUUUGGCUCUACCUCUUGACAGUGAUGCUGGCUACAGCGACGAAGACAGGCUGAUGAGUGAGGCCAUGGUCACAAUGCUUACGUCAUUCGCAAGAAGAGGUGUCCCGAAGCUCCCAGGCGUCAACACGUGGCCGAGGUACACAAAGGAUGCCCCGGUUUCAAUGUUUCUGGCAGCCAACAACUUUACGGAGGUUUGCGGGUAUCGGAACGACGUGUGUGAACCUUGGAAGUUGUUCUUUUAGGAUCAGAGACGAAAAGCAUUUUGUUCUUAAUGUUACGGACACAGAAACUCCCAAGUUACUUUACGGUACCAGUGUGUCAGGAAUAGACACGUUUUGAAGGACAUAUUUACGUGCUUAUGGGGUAUGGUAAUAUAGUGAAUAUCAACAGUGAAUCAAGCCGUACCUUGUACAUGCUUUUACAUUUUACUGAAUUCUUGUAUCCACCGCUCCAAUUACAAUUUACUUAAGGUAAUACGAAUGUGGUGACAAUAUAUCGUACAAGAAAAAUUGGAAAUAGGAAUUUUCUUGUAGACCGUCGCGUCUUUUAAUGUGUUCGACAGGAAUGGAUCAUUCGAUGCCAGAAGAGGUGCGGGAACUUUUUAAGUCGAGGAUACGCAUGAAAACAUAAAUUUGAACAUCUAUAAACUCUAAAAACAGUAUUUUGUUGUACAGAAAUCCAUUUUAUAUUUGCUGAUAUCAUAGUCAAAAGUUUUGAAAAAUGUAUAACAUGUAGUUUAGAAAAAUAUUGCGAACAAACUGUGGGGUACCAUGAAACGUUAGGGGGUACCUAAUUACUCAUUUAUAUGCCCUAUAUUGCAUUAAAAUAGCAACACUAAUUAACGCCAUUUUAAGUCCAAAUAGAAGUCAAAACAUUUUUUGUAAAAUGUGUUUUAUUGAAAUUGGUGUCAGGUUUGAGAUUCAAUAUCUUUUGUUUCCUCUUUUAUGUUCACAAUUGAGUAAUUGAACUGCUUGUAUUAAGAUUUUAAAGCUUCGUUUCUUCGUGCUAUAAUUAAAUCAUGAAAUCUCAUGUGUAUGCAGAAAAGGCGAUAUAAGAGCGAAAUAAAAGCCAUGUGGGCAAUGGUGAUCAAUAUUUUUAAAAUUAGCUAAAAUGUUAAUCGAUUACAUGUUUUCAACAUAUAUAAAAAAAUAAAAAAAUGUACUUUG